AUGCGCGACUACGCACUGGCAACGGUCCUUACCGCAUCCGCCUUGUUCGCUGGACAGGGCGAGGCAGUGGCCGUAAACCCUCUUCCCAAGCCCGUCAACAUCACCUGGGGCUCCUCGGGAUGCUUCACCGUCGGAUCCCUUACGCUCGACGGCACAAACAACAAAAUCGUCUCCAACGCCUUCAACCGCAUGGUCAAGACAGCCACGAACCUGAAAUGGACCCCAGCUGCUGUCGAGGCCCCCCCGGCCCAGUUCGAACCUUUCCCCAGCUCCAGCUCCAAGCGCAGGAGGGCCAAGGGGCAGUAUUCCGUCGACGUUCCCUCUGCUGGUAACUGCACCGGCUCUAUAAAGUCGGUCAAGGUCGAUGUGGCCGAUGCACACGCCCAGCUGCUGCACGGUGUCGACGAGUCCUACAAGCUCGAGCUCGCUGCUGGAUCGGAUACCGUCAAAAUCACCGCAAAGACCGUCUACGGCGCUCUCCAUGCAUUCACCACAAUGCAGCAAAUGAUCAUCAACGAUGGUUCCGGCAAGCUGAUCAUCGAACAGCCCGUCUCUGUCGACGACGCCCCGCUCUACCCCGUCCGCGGUAUCAUGAUUGAUAGCGGCCGCAACUUCAUCUCCAAGGCCAAGAUCCUCGAGCAGAUUGACGGCAUGGCCCUUUCCAAGCUCAAUGUCCUUCACUGGCACAUGGUCGACUCGCAAUCCUGGGCCGUCGAAAUCAAUGCUUACCCUGAAAUGACAAAGGACGCCUACUCGGCCAACGAGGUCUACUCGCAGGCCACCCUCAAGGAGAUCGUGUUCCCCCUGGAGGCGCGGCGGCCAGUCAAGUGGUCAGCCUUGUUGCAUGCCAAAGCCUCUCUCCGCUGCAACCCACACUGGCGAUAG